AUGAAUUUCAUAUUUGAUUUUCCCCAAGAGGAGUUUGCUCCUCCUACUGGACCUAUUGGAUCGGGUAUCAAUAGCUCGUCCCAUACCCUAGACUCGACUUUAUCCCUUAAUUCCACAGCAAGUGCCAGACACACAGAUACUGAUGAUUCAAUCUUACUUUGGGGCGACUUGGAUAUCCUGGAACUUAUUUCAAAGAAUGCUACCCAGUUUGAACCUAUUUCUCAUAUUCAACCUUCAGCGCCAAACGAGGACUACCAACUGUCAAGUGGCUUUGAUUUGAGGCAUUACAUCGAUAGCUUGGAAAUUCCUUUUAAUGAAGAGAUUUUAAGCAUGCAGAUCGAUAGCCAAGUCCUAGACGAGACCCUUGCACAGAAUCCUGAGCCCACUACCGACCAAGAGCCACUUAAUCCAAGCACCAUAGUCAAGGGAAAAUUGUUCAAUUAUUCACUAGAAGGUACUAACCCAAGUGAUGAGUGUUUUCAGCUAGAUCUGGGAACAUUGAAUGCCCAGGCAAUUAGUAUCAGUGUACAAAAUUCCGUAUCUCAGGAAUUUCAGCUACAAGAUCAGUAUUUGAGAUCAAUCAAACGCGGUGAUAUGGAGUUUUUGGGGGAUAAGGUCAGGAAGAGGCGAAACCCCGAGAGUGACGAGCUCGUUUGGAAGCCCGUAUCAAUCUACCAAGCUGCGUAUACUAAUAUUAAGAUUUUUCCUUUGGAGAAGACAGAUUACCAUCUCUACAUACCCCAAGUUUCGUGCUUUGGGAAAAUCAACAUGAGGGUCAAACGGGCCUGGGUUCGAAAACCUAACAACAGAGAAAAGUUUCCCAUAUACAAGUAUCGAGGUUGCUAA